AUGGAGCCCCAAGGUCACAGUUACCCAAGCUGGAAGACUAGGGGCAGACGAGCUACCAUCUUUCCCCAGAGAGAAGGAGCCAAGAUGUCAAUAUCCGCUGCACUCCCUGCUCAGCAGGAAGAGACUCUUUUCCUCACACCCACAUACAGGACUUUCCUGAGCAGGAAAAGGGCCUUGUGUGACUUCAGGGUGAGAUGGCCAGAGCUAGUCCUCAGAGAACAGGAGGAACAGGAAGAGGAUUCAUCCUGUGUAGGACUCCCUUCUCUCGACAGAAAAUCCACAGACGUAAGCUCCUGCUCCUCAGGGGUUAGCAUCAGUCUCAAAAACCAGGAGAGCAGCCACAGUGAGUUCCAAGAUUCUCAAGAACUCACUGGCCUUUCAGAGGCUCCUCAUAUAACCAUUCUCAACAGCUAUCUGAAACCAGAGUCAAUGACACGGCUGGAGAAGAAGGUGAGGAGAAGGACCCUAGUGGUCAUGAACCAGAUGGAGCAGGAGAAGGAAGCUGCUAAAUUCCGGAGGGCAGUGUUGCUGAGGGACACUAGGGAACUCCAGGAUGAAAAGGCUUAUGAGGAAGCAGAAAAAAAGCCGUUCUUGGAAUACCUGACGAAGAAAAGCCAGGAAACCCAGGAGAAGUAUGACUCCCUGUGGAAAGACUACAUCCAGCAGUGUCAGGAGAUCAAGGACAGGAGGCGAGAGUUGGUCUCUACCUUCACCCCACACACGGCAGACCUCCAGAAGCAGCUGAAGGAGAACAAGAAGCUUGGGGCCAGCUUGAAGAAGAAGCUGAAGGCUCUGGAGCCCAUUGCAUGCAUAAAGGAGAGCCAGGACUGGGAGAUAAAAGCCUUAGAGUUGGAGAAAGCCAGCAUAGUAGCUGACAUCCCUUUUGUGGACCGAGAGGCACACUUUCAGUUCCUGAAGGAAAAGGCCGCCUUGGAGAAGCAAGUGGAGGGUCUGAACCUGCUGGAGUCUGGAGAGGAAAUCACCAGGGAGCUGAAGAGGAAGACCAAAGCCUGGGUCACUGCGGCCAAACAGGCUCAUGAGGACUUCUGCCGCGAAGUCAACUCUCACAACAGGCAGCUGCGAACACAGCUCUGGCAGCUGGAUCGGGAAUUCUGUAAGCUGGAGGCCAGGAGAGAGAAGCUGGAACGGCGAAAACAGCGGUGGAAAGAGCAGCAGUGGUACCUGGAGGCUCUGACCCGGGGGAGGGCACGCCUGCUGCGGCGGGAGCACCACAGGCAGCAGCAGGAGCACCCAGCACUGGGCCGUCUACUGGGUGCCAGGCCGAAAGUCAAUCCUAAGUAA